AUGGCGUCAACGGCAAUCCAUACGAGCCCUAUGUAUCAUCGAUUCCACAAUAUUGCCGAAGAUGUCAUUUAUCGGCAAAAUACUUUCGAGAUCUGGGAUUCAGAUCUGUGGUUCGAUGGGUUCAUCUAUGGACUGAGCCCUUUCGCUCGCAACAACCCGGCAAAUCUACGUGUACAGUGGCCAAUACCGCCAACAGAGAGGCCUGAACAGAUUCUCGGAUGGAUCGCUCACUGCUCCGGGGUCAAACGACUCGAGUUCUUCUGCUUCUCUCAACGCGUCUCGAUCUCUGCAUUGCAAUUUCUGGACCGCCUUCCCAUUGAAAACAUAUGGUUCGAAACCUCAACAUGCCAAGUUCCCAAUCUCGCUGCCCUUCGAUAUCCAAAUGGCGUCCCAAGUCGACACCGAAUUCAUCGUAUGGUACGAGCCCAAUCUACUCAGACAGACAUUAACACUGAUUUCCAGACUCAGGGUGGGCUCGAAGGAUUCCGUAGAGAAUAA